AUGGGUGGAGUACAGAGCGGAACCCAUACCCUUGGAGAGGCAUUAUGGGUGCACGAGAGACAACGUCAAAAAUGCCAUCGAGAAGGGGGACGACACGAGGCCCACACCGCGCAGUCCACGCAGGACCGCAGGAAGCUCUUGAAACGAACGAGGAGCCUUGCGGUGAUAUCCGAGGACGAAUCUCGACAAGAUCGAGAGGCGCACCAUUUCCGGCUGGGUCAAUCGACCUUCGAUUUGCCCAGGAGGCAUCAAUUGAUACCGAGGGCCAAGCUGAUCGAUCGGAACUCGCUGAAGGACAGGCUCUCAAAAAGUCAACAACAUCUCUCGGAUUCCUACGAAAGGUUCAACGAGGCGAAAUCCUACCAAUCACGAUCGGCUUGCGGUCUUCACUCGAUCCCGUCGGGACUCGCGACGUUUCCGGAUCCUCUACCAUACGUGCGAUCUAAUCGUCCCGAUCCCGAUCGUCUGAACAUCCUCGACUGGCCCGAAUCGCCGAGACGUUAUCACAGCGUCCAGGAGCUGGACACGGUUAGCGGUUUGGUGGAUAUCGUCGAGGAUAACUGGCCGAUCGAAGGGAACCGUAGCAUCGAUUGCAUUUACACUCAGGUCAAACGGAAGCGCAAGGAGCACAGGAGCUUGGACAGUAUACUGUUCGAGGACGACGGUGAAUUGGAGUACUUCGACGUGCUGAACCUGUUACCUCUCUCGAACGUGCGUCUCGAAUUCGACGAGGAGGACGCGCGGAAUAACAAUCUGGCCGCGCGGAACGGCAGACGGGGCGGCGGAAAGCUGAAAGCCCUCCAGUACCUUGGACCUCGUGUGAUCGAGGCGAGACGAGCAAGAAGCAACGCGACGGACGAGGAAAAAUGCAAAGGAAGCACCACGACAAAGGUGGUAAAGAACCCGUCGGAAAUUGAACGAGACCGUCGUCGCAAGGACACGAAGGAACCCGACUCGUUGCACGAAUUCAGAGAGGAUUCUGCCGCGCGCGUCAAGAAGGAAUCGUGUCGAGAGGAGCCAACGGGGAAUUCUGAGGAGGAAAGGAACUCGACAGAUUGCUUCCGUGAGGGGACCAUCGAUCCACGAUCCCCGUCGUUCGAGAUCGAUGAGAAUACAUACAUACUCGACGUUCCUUUAGCCUCCGCCAGGACGGAACAACAGGAUCACAAGGUCGAGGAGGCGGAAGAUUACAAAUCGAUUUGGAUCUCGGACACGGAGGAACAGGACGACAUGUCGCGGAGGCCACAGGUGCUCAAGGUCGUCGACAACGACGUCACGAAGCGACGACAUCGACGCUCCUCGCCGGAAGUCGAUCCAAGAACGGAGAACCUUCCGGUAGAUGGGAAAUUCCAGGAGAUCGGAACGGUGGCGAACGAUCGUCUGGACGUCGUGAAAUUGGAUAGAAAGUCUGACGGGGACGACGGAGAUCCUAGGAACGGAGAGACCGUCGACCAAGAGGAGGACGGGACGAACGCAGCGGUGGUGAACGCGAAGAAUUUCUUCGAGCAGAAGACCUUGCCGAAGGUGGUCUCCAAAAGUAAAUCAAACGAGGGUAGGUUUGAAAGGAUCGUUAAAGGGACGUCGAAUAUCCUGGGCAAGGCGUGUAGCGCCGUGAAAGGAACCUUGGGAUUCGAGGCUAGAUCCGAGAGCUCGGAUCUUGGGUUGGGCUCCGAGUCUGGAAGCGACACACGAAGGAGAUCCGUGGACGACGGUAUCGGCGAGGAACAAACGUGCAACGGGAAACCGUCGGCGAGCAAGAACAAUGAGGUCAAGAAGGGUCACAGCAGUUUGACUAGGUCCAGAAGCUGCGUGGAUUCGAUCGAAUGCCAUCCUGAAGACGGCCAGGAGUUCGAUCACGUGCGAUAUAAAAUCGUGAAAUCCAACAUGUUCGGGAAGAAUAUGUACGCCACCGGUCGCGGCGACGUCACGUACGAGGGUCUGAUGCAGUACCUGCGGGACUAUUCGUUCCAGGAGCUGCUGUUGGACAACAACGUUGUUAUCAUCGAGCCGGUACGUGCAGAGACCAUUGAACGAAAACCGUCCUGCGCAGGAAAAUCCAGAUCGGAACCGACGUGCAAGAUAGCCGGGGCGAUACAGAAGAAGUCCGAGACGGAGAACCGUGAGAGAAACUGCGAGAGCGCGGAUGGCGGCAACGCAAAGAGCCCGAAACAGUCGUCCAUCAAGAAGCACUUCUUCUACCACCCUAUCCGAGUGAACCGUGAGCUAAUCGACGAGGAACUGCCCGACCCGGACACGGUGAAAAAUGUGAGAAGGAUGUUCGAGAAUACUCUGAAGAUAAAGGGUGGCUCGGAAUUGUCGCGAGACUGCAAGAAUCGAAAGAGUAACGGAUGUUUAAUGAAUCCUAGUAUUGACCUGUUAAAUUUAUUUGAUAUUUCUUUCAGGUCGAGGUGUUCCAGCAGAGCCAAGGAUCUCACGAAACUGUUCGAGAACAUGGAGAAAUCCACGUCCUCGAACGCGUCCGUGGUGGGAUGCAAGGAUGAGUUGGAUAGCCCCCGUUGCGAAUCGAAAACGAGGAUUCUAGCCCAAACGUUCGAGGCCAGAAGCGGUCACACGUCGCCCAGCGAUUCCACGUCCUCCAAGCACAAGGUGAAUCGUUACCAUCAUCACCAUCAUCAUCAUCACAACUGGGACGCCGGUAGCGUUAGCUCCGGUGUGUCCAGCGAUUAUCCUGACACUGACCAGGGUAGCGGAGUGCAGUGUAUCUCCUCGGAGGAUGAGGAGGUCGAGUGUCACGAGGACGAAGGGAACGAGGCUCACGGUUCCAAUCACUACGUGUCCCAGGACGUUCUCAAGAAGAUUCGAGAAUAUGGCACCUCGGUGACCUACUAUGGAGGCAAAGUAGUAAACUCUAGCAACGGACCAUUAAUUUCACCUGUCGUCGAGAAUAGGUUCAGGUGCAUCGACAGAUCGAGCGAUUACGUGAAAUUCCGACUAGUGAAGAGUAACUCCUGCGACAGCCGGCUAGAACUAGCCGGCAGGCUGGUCGAGAGUCAUCUGAGAUGUUGGAACAGAGAAAAAGCACCAGAUCUGAGCCAGUACACUAUCGCGGAAACACCCAGCAUCGAGAUCACCACGAUCGAGAAACAAGAGAAAGAGAACGAGGAGGUAGAUGAGAAGAAAUUGGAUCAGUCCGAGGUGAAAAGGGAACCGCCCGUGGUGAUUGGCCUGGAACCAAAAAAGGAGGACAACAAGGAUGGAAAAGGCUUUAAAGCAGACUUCAAGCUGGGCACCCUGGACGACGCCAAGUCGACUUAUCCGAGUCGAUUCAUCGGCAGCGCGUUGACCAGGUGGCAGGUGAACGAGAACAACUGGAGGACUCCGGACGAUUUCGGCAAGAUGGAGUUCGAGGAGUUUGAGGUACUCGAGGACAGUCUGAACGCGGCGGAUAACCAUCGUUUGGCAGCCUCCUGAACGAACUUUUCUUUGUAAUAUA